UUCCCUUUCCCGGUAGGCGUGCUCACUCUCUCUUUCUCUCUCUCAGCGAUGGCGUCGCGGAAAGAAGCAGCCGGCGCUCCUUCGUCGUCCGUCGCCAAAGUGAAGGGCAAGUCAGCUCCGGGCGACUCUGCGGUGAAGCAAGUGCAGAUCGACGGCCUGGUUGUACUGAAGAUCAUCAAACAUUAUCAAGAAGAAGGUCAAGGCAAUGAAGUGGUCCAAGGUGUACUGCUGGGUCUGGUGGUGGAUGACAGGCUUGAAAUCACCAACUGCUUUCCCUUCCCUCAACAUACAGAGGAUGAUGCUGAUUUUGAUGAAGUGCAAUAUCAGAUGGAAAUGAUGCGAAGCCUCCGCCACGUAAACAUCGAUCACCUUCACGUCGGCUGGUACCAGUCUACCUACUAUGGCUCCUUUGUCACCCGGGCUCUCUUGGACUCCCAGUUCAGUUACCAGCAUGCGAUCGAGGAAUCUGUCGUUCUCAUUUACGAUCCUAUAAAAACCUCCCAGGGAUAUCUUUCCCUGAAAGCUUACAGACUGACUCCUAAAUUGAUGGAGGUCUGCAAAGAAAAGGAUUUCUCGCCAGAAGCAUUAAAAAAAGCCACCAUCACCUUUGAAAGCAUGUUUGAGGAAGUACCCAUCAUAAUCAAGAAUUCCUACCUCAUCAAUGUCCUUCUUUGGGAGCUAGAAAAGAAGUCAGCAGUAGCAGCAAGGCAUGAAUUGCUCAGUCUUGCGAGCAAUAAUCACCUUGGAAAGAGCCUGCAGCUCUUGAUGGACAGAGUGGAUGAGAUGAGCCAGGAUAUUGUAAAAUACAACACCUACCUAAGGAACACCAGCAAGCAGCAGCAGCAGAAACACCAGUACCAGCAAAGACGUCAGCAAGAAAACCUGCAGCGUCAAAGUCGCGGAGAGCCUCCUCUUCCUGAAGAAGACAUGAACAAAUUGUUCAAGCCGCCUCAGCCUCCUCCUAGGAUGGAAUCACUCUUGAUUGCAGGUCAAAUAAACACUUACAGCCAGAACGUCAAGGAGUUCACUGCACAAAACCUGGGCAAACUCUUCAUGUCUCAGGCGCUUCAAGAGCACAGCAACUAGUAAAAGAACUGAAAUGCUCAGCGAAGAGAUGCGCAGAAGCCCAGUUCAUUUUGGCUUAAAAUGUUUUCCAUUGCUCCCUACAAAAUGAACCAUGAACUCGACUCUCAUGUGUUUUGAGUAGAGUUAUCCAUCUUCUAAAGGAAAAUAAAAAAGAGACCAAUUUAAAACUU